GUAAACUUGAAGGGCGGGUUUGACUGUCUCCCUGCAAGACUCGGUACCCGUGUUGGAUCGAGGAAUUGUAUUUGACUCCUUUAUCGAGUAUUAUCGGUGUGCGGGGCUUAUUUCCACACUACAGGCGCCGCCUUUGCUCUGAACACACAUAACGUUACACACACGCGCGCUCGCACCAUCAGGUGCCAGAGAGACACAGACUUCCGUUGAGUAUUCGAGUAAAGGCAGAUCAGCGAAGAUCAUCCAGGACUUUACCCAGCACCGAGUUGGAUUUAUAAUGCAGAUUUGUCCCUGUGUGACAAGAUGAUGGAUGCAUGAGGGCGCGCGAGAUCAAUACACAUAAUUAAUCAAUACCCUCUAAGCGCACGUGAAGAUCAGCUCCGCUGGAUGUGUAUGACCGCAUCUCUAUCACCAGGUGGCUUUUCAAGUGCGUGUUUCCAAGCGCGUGUCUGGCGUUAUUGUGCGCAUAAGGUGUUUUUGGAGCCACGAAACAAACGCAGAGCGACAAUGCGCGUGCGGGAUUAGUUUAAACUUUGGUUUGCGGCGGAAUCGUCAGAAUCUAGACUCUAAACUCGCGUCCCUGUACAGAAGAGACUACGUAGACCCCAGAUGGGAGCUGAUCUGUAUUGAAUUGCUAUUUAUUUCCCUUUGUAAAGAAAAAGGGGAAAACAUUCCAGUCGGAGGAGAUUACAAGUGCUUUUCCCCCCUCUCUCUCUCAAAGAUCAUUUGUUGUGACUCCUCUUCUUUUUGGAUUUAAAACUCCUGCGCCUGCUUUGGUGGAACUGUUUUACACCAAUAAUUUCGUGUGUUUUAUCGGAACUUGGGGAAACAGCAGUUAUGUUUGUCCUGGAAGCAGUGGUGCUCUGUGCAUUGCUCGGCGGGGCUGGGGCUCAGCCGUGCCCGUCUCAGUGCUCCUGCAGCGGGACAGCGGUGGACUGCCACGGGCAGAGUCUGCAGAGCGUGCCGCGGAACAUUCCGCGCAACGCAGAGCGACUUGACCUGAAUGCAAACAAUCUGACUAAAAUCACUAAAGCAGAUUUCGCGGGACUGAGGAACCUCAGAGUUCUGCAGCUAAUGGAGAACAAGAUCAGUUCUAUUGAGAGAGGGGCAUUUCAGGAGCUGAAAGAGCUGGAAAGACUGCGUCUCAACAGGAAUAAUCUUCAGGUUCUUCCGGAGUUGCUGUUUCUGGGCACGACUAAACUCUUCAGACUUGACCUGAGUGAAAAUCAAAUCCAGGGGAUUCCCAGAAAAGCGUUCAGAGGAGCUACUGAGAUCAAAAACCUGCAGCUGGACUACAAUCAAAUUUCCUGCAUUGAAGAUGGAGCGUUCAGAGCUCUGCGGGACCUAGAAGUACUCACACUGAAUAACAACAAAAUCUCUCGCUUGUCUGUGGCCAGUUUUAACCACAUGCCCAAGCUCAGAACAUUUCGCCUCCACUCUAAUAAUCUGCUAUGUGAUUGCCAUGUGGCCUGGCUCUCUGAUUGGCUGAGACAAAGGCCCCGCCUUGGCCUCUACACACAGUGUAUGGCCCCACCCUCCCUGAGGGGCCACAACAUUGCUGAGGUUCAGAAGAAAGAGUUUACCUGUACAGACUUCAGUGAAGGGCCCCAGUCACACUCGUCCUGUAGUGUUCUGCAGUGUCCUGAGCUAUGCACCUGCAGUAAUAAUAUAGUGGACUGCCGAGGGAAAGGACUGACUGAAAUACCUACCAACCUGCCAGAAACCAUCACUGAGAUUCGACUGGAGCAGAACUCCAUCAGCAUUAUUCCGCCAGGAGCAUUCUCACCUUACAAGAGACUGCGGAGAAUAGAUUUGAGUAAUAAUCAAAUAACUGAAUUGGCUGCAGACUCCUUUCAAGGCCUCCGAUCUUUGAAUUCUCUGGUUUUAUAUGGGAAUAAAAUCACUGAACUUCCCAAAGGUGUUUUUGAUGGACUAUUCUCAGUGCAGCUACUAUUGCUAAAUGCGAACAAGAUCAAUUGUUUGCGUGUAGAUGCUUUCCAAGACCUGCAGAAACUAAAUGUCCUGUCGCUUUAUGGCAACAAACUCCAGACCAUUGCAAAGGGAACCUUCUCUUCUCUCCGAACCAUCCAAACUCUUCAUCUGGCCCAGAACCCCUUCAUGUGUGACUGCCAUUUGAAGUGGUUAGCUGACUACCUGCAAGACAACCCGAUUGAGACCAGCGGAGCUCGAUGCACCAGUCCCCGCCGCCUUGCUAACAAACGCAUCGGCCAGAUCAAGAGCAAAAAGUUCCGCUGUUCAGGCGUGGAGGACUACCGAUCGAAACUAGGUGGGGAUUGCUUCGCUGACCUGGCCUGCCCAGAGAAAUGUCGCUGUGAAGGAACCACAGUGGACUGCUCUGGACAAAAGCUCAACAAGUUCCCAGACCACAUACCUCAAUAUACAGCAGAACUCCGAUUGAACAAUAAUGAAUUUACAGUGCUGGAGGCUACAGGAAUCUUUAAGAAGCUUCCUCAACUGCGCAAAAUAAACCUUAGUAACAAUAAGAUCACAGAUAUUGAGGAGGGCACAUUUGAGGGUGCCAGUGGAGUGAAUGAGCUCAUUCUGACCAGCAACCGCUUAGAGGGCGUCCACUACAGCAUGCUGAAAGGCCUCAGCGGUCUCCGCACAUUGAUGUUGAGGAGUAACAAGAUAAGCUGCGUCAAUAACGGUAGUUUUACUGGUCUGAGCUCGGUGAGGCUGCUCUCCCUCUAUGAUAACCAAAUCACCUCCAUGUCCCCGGGAGCCUUUGACACUCUACAUUCCCUCUCCACGCUGAACUUGCUGGCCAAUCCAUUUAACUGUAACUGUCAUCUGGCUUGGUUGGGUGAAUGGCUCCGUAAGAAACGGAUUGUCACGGGCAACCCCCGCUGUCAGAGCCCCUACUUUCUUCAGGAGAUCCCUAUUCAAGAUGUAGCCAUACCAGAUUUUGCCUGCGAAGACGGUAAUGAUGAAAGUAGCUGUGUCCCCCUGGCUCGCUGUCCUGCCGAGUGUUCGUGUUUGGAUACGGUGGUGCGCUGCAGUAAUAAAGCACUAAAGGUUUUACCCAAGGGCAUUCCUAAAGACGUAACAGAACUCUAUCUCGAUGGCAACCAGUUCACGCAAGUCCCUCUGGAACUAUCCAAUUAUAAACACCUCACUCUCAUUGAUAUGAGUAAUAACCAGAUCAGCACAUUGUCCAACCACAGCUUCAGUAACAUGUCCGAGCUUCUCACCCUAAUUUUAAGCUACAACAGACUGAGGUGUAUUCCUGUAAAAGCUUUCGACGGUCUCAAAUCUCUGCGCCUGUUGUCUCUUCAUGGUAAUGAUAUUGCUGUGAUCCCAGAUGGAGCUUUCAAAGAUCUGUCCUCGCUCUCCCACCUGGCUCUGGGAGCAAACCCUCUGUACUGUGAUUGUCACAUGCAGUGGCUCUCUGACUGGGUUAAGAGCGGCUACAAGGAGCCUGGAAUCGCGCGCUGUACUGGUCCUGGAGAGAUGACCGACAAACUACUGCUGACUACACCCUCCAAGAAAUUCACAUGCACAGAGGUGCUGGGGACUUGUGGUUUGCCGGUACCAGGUCCAGUGGAUGUGAACAUUUUGGCUAAAUGUAACCCUUGUUUAUCCAAUCCAUGCAAGAAUGAUGGAACCUGCAGUAACCAUCCCGUUGAUUUUUACAGAUGCACCUGUCCUUAUGGUUUUAAGGGUCAAGACUGUGAGGAACCAAUUCAUGCGUGCAUCGGUAACCCCUGUCAGAAUGGAGGCACCUGUCAUCUAAAGGAUGGAGAGCAAAACACUCACUGGUGUGUGUGUCCAGAAGGAUUUGAGGGCGACGAAUGUGAGAUAAAUAUUGAUGACUGUGAAGAUAAUGACUGUGAGAAUAACUCCACGUGUGUGGAUGGUAUCAACAACUACACCUGUCACUGCUCACCUGAAUACACAGCUGCUAAUAAUAAUGAGGUGGAGAAAGGGGAGCUGUGCGAAGAUAAGAUGGAUUUCUGCGCUUCAGAGUUGAACCUGUGUCAGCACGACUCAAAAUGUAUUCAGACCGCUAAGGGCUUCAUGUGCGAGUGUACUCCAGGUUACACCGGGGAGCACUGCGAGGUGGAUUUUGAUGAUUGUGAAGAUAAUAAGUGUAAAAACGGGGCUCAGUGUAUUGAUGCUGUGAAUGGUUAUACAUGUGUGUGCCCAGAAGGAUACAGUGGGCUGUUCUGCGAGUUCUCUCCUCCAAUGGUCCUGCCGAGAACAAGUCCGUGUGACCACUAUGACUGUGCCAAUGGUGCACAGUGUGUUGUCAAGGACACAGAUCCUGUGUGUCAGUGUCUCCAUGGUUACCAGGGCGUGCACUGUGAGAGGCUGGUCAGCGUCAACUUCAUCAAUAGAGAAUCGUUCCUGCAGAUCCCCUCCAACCUCAUUACAGAACAGGCCAAUAUAUCACUACAGAUCGCCACAGAUGAGGAUAAUGGGGUGUUGCUGUAUAAAGGAGAUAAUGAACACAUCGCUGUGGAGCUCUACAGAGGCAGACUGAGAGUCAGUUAUGAUUCUGGAUCAUAUCCUCCAUCUGCCAUCUACAGUGUUGAGACGAUAAAUGAUGGCAGUUUUCAUGUAGUGGAGCUGGUGGCAAAGGAUCAGUCUCUGUCACUGUCUAUUGAUGGAGGAAGCCCCAAAUCCAUCAACACUGCCAGCAGUCCCAGCCCAGCACCUAGCCCUGCUCCGCUUUACCUUGGGGGAAUCCCUCAGCAGUCUGGAUUGGCCUCAUUGCGUCAGAGCUCCGGGAGGAACGGCUCUAGUUUCCACGGAUGUAUCCGGAACCUCUACAUUAAUGAUCAGCUCCAGGACCUCACUCAGUUCCUGCUGCAGGAGGGGGUGGUGCCCGGCUGCCAGCCCUGCCAGAGAAGUGUGUGCGCUCACGGGCAGUGCCAUGCCACCGGACAAUCCUCCUUCAGCUGUGAGUGUGAGGCCGGAUGGACUGGCCCUCUGUGUGACCAGCAGAUCAACAACCCAUGUGACGGGAACAAGUGUAUCCACGGUUCCUGUUUGCCCAUAAACUCGUACUCGUACAGCUGUCGCUGUCAUCCAGGCUUUGCAGGUGUAUUGUGUGAUGAAGAGGAGCAGUUGAGUCCCUGUCAGUACAUAGCAUGUAAACACGGGCGCUGUCGCGUGUCUGGGCUGGGGAAAGCCUACUGCGAGUGCAACAGCGGCUACACGGGGCAAAGCUGUGAUAGAGAGAUGGCGUGUCGGGGGGAACGGGUCCGAGAUCACUAUCAGACGCAGCAGGGCUACGCAGCGUGCCAAAGCACAGAGAAGGUCUCCCGUUUAGAGUGUCGGGGCAGCUGUGGGGACGGGACCUCCUGCUGCGCCCCUCUCCGCAGCAAACGCAGGAAAUACACCUUCCAAUGCACAGACGGAUCCUCUUUUGUACAGGAGGUGGAAAAGGUCGUCAAGUGUGGCUGCACAAAAUGUCCAUCCUAAAAACGAAAAAGAAGAAAUACAUCCUCACCUCCCACCCCCCUCCCCCUUGUUUGAAGUCCCCCGUUUUACCUUUUUUUGUCAGUGUUGGACUAAUGUUUUUUUUUUCCUUCAAAGGAGAUAAUGGAUUACUGUAAGAUAAAGAACAAACCUAUUUUUUAUUAUGAAGUGGAGAAAAAAAAGACAAAAAAUAGAUUUUAGAGGUUUUUUUUUUUUAUUAUUUGCCAUCAUUUUAGGUACUGUGACAUUUCUGAUUACAUUUGUUUUUUUUUGUUUGGAAAAAUCACCUCAGACCACAAUGGAAAGCAAACACACCCUGACGACACGUUUCACUUUUUUGCGUCUUUCUUUGUGCCAUUCUUUUACCUGUUUUUCUGGACUGCCGUAACUCAUUUCACCUGGACUUUGUGAAGGUGAGAUAAAGUAUCACUAUGGAGACUGCAGGGGGAUUCGCUGAGAGAGGAGGUCACUCCUCACACACCAAACACACACUAUCAUAGCUGCUUCUAUACACACACACACACACACACCUUACCCACAAAGUGUACACAGAUGAUCUCUUCCAGCAUGCGCGCACACACAAACACACACACACACUCUCUUCUGCCACAUUAUAAACCAUGUGUAUUUAUUGUAUCAAACAUACCGUCACAUUACUUAUACUCGGUAUAGCCCUUUGCUUCCUUGGAGUUACAGUUGGAAUUUCUUAAUAUAUAUUAAUUUAUAUUCCUCUUACCAAUUUAAAUCACUCAUAGCUUACUGAGUAGAAUAACUAACGUUGUGUCUCCUUCAUUUGGUUGGUUUGACCAAUGGGACUGUUGUAUUUACCAUAAACAAAAAGAGAAAAAAAAACCUAGUGGUGUUAUAAAUCUUCAAAUGUGAAGUGAAAGCAUUGUAUAUUUUUGUCGAAUCUCCUAAAAAUUUGUAUGGUGACACAGACGUGCUUUAUAUUAGAGUUUAAAUGUAUAGUUAAAAUCUCCCCAUGUAUUCAGUAUAGAGCACAUGCCAUAGUUCAAAAAAAUAACAGUAGCGUCCAUAGUCGCCAAUAAACCUCUUUUUAAAAUAUCCUCCUUGCGAAUCCUUUUUAAUGAUACAGAUAGAAAGAAAAACUGUGACUUUUUCUAAAUGAUACUACUUUGUUACCACUCUGUUUCCCCCAUGUUAACAUGUUGCUGCUAAAUUGGUAUUGUAGACUUUGGAUGAUGAUGAUGAUGAUGAUGAUGUUUAUUGUAGAGGACGUUGCUCAUUCAUUGAGCAAAUUGUUUUACUGAUCAAUGAAUAAAGAUGUCCCCUCCCUCUA